CCAAGUACAGAGGAAGCCGCCCAGGGGCAGUGUACACAAAAGAGAACGUGGCCGCCAUGUUGUGGUGACACAAUAGUUCUCUGGAUGUCAGGAGCGCCCCCUAGCGCCCCCACCAGUCCUCAGCCGAGGCCGUCAUUUCCGGGAGUAGAACAAGACGGAACAAGGAGGACUGACACCGGAGAGCUGGCGACACUGUGACCGGGGCCGACACUGUGACACGGGGGCCGAGGAGCCGGUGCUGCUUGUGUGACCUCUCCCCGGCUUACAGACAUCCUGAGGCAAGAAGAUGUGGCCCAGAAUACCGGGAGGAAAGCAAUGGUGGGAAGUGUGGUCCUCCAAAAGAAGUGGAUUAUUAGUACUGCUGCUCUCCUGCCUGCCAUAUAGCUUCAGCUCAGUAUGCCCUCCGCCUCCGGAGCCUGAAAAUGGGGGAUUCAUAUGUCACCCUCCACACUGUGAAAAGCCCUUCACCUCGGGCAGUGUUAUCGAGUACUUCUGUGCAGAAGGAUACAUGUUGAAAGGCGACUACAAAUUCCUAACCUGCAAGAAUGGAGCCUGGAACCCACCUAUGGGAGUAAGCUGCAGACUUAGCCAAGAAACCAAUAGAAAUACCAGCUUCGGUGUCCCAACGCUCUCAAUCGUUGCCUCGACUGCAAGCUCAGUGGCCUUGAUAUUGCUCCUUAUUGUAUUGUUUGUUCUUCUACAGCCCAAAAUCAAGUCCUUUCAGCAUAGCAGGCGUGAUGCAUGUGUGCCAGGGGAACAAGUGUCCAUCAUGGUGGAUGGUGUGCAAGUCGCCCUUCCUUCUUACGAAGAAGCCGUGUAUGGCAGUGCAGGAAACUGCAUCCCUUCUGCCAGUUCUCGUGUACAGAUAGUAUUAUCUGAAGGACCAGGGGAGGAUCAGGACAUACAGCAGGAGGUGCCUCUCUCCGACACCAGGGGACAGUCUAUGGGAAGCAUUCAUGUCACAGGCCAAACAAGUACUGCCCAGCAGUACCCAGCAGGCAGCACACAGCGCUCAGAGACUGUGAUGGUCCACCAGACCUCUUCCCAGUGGGCCGCAGGAGCAGAGAGCAGGACAUUAGGACAGGAAGGAGCAGAAUCUGAAACCAGUGAUGUGCAGAGCCUCCUGUCCCUGUCCUCUGAGGAAUACACAGAUGAUAUCCCUCUGCUGAAAGAAGCUUGAAUACCUCCGACGUCUGCCUCAGCCGUGCAGGAUCCGUACAAUCUUCCUGCUCUGUACCUCCUGUAUUCACAGGAGCUCUGGAGCUGACAAAUCGUGCCUCCCCCACCUCACUGAGCGCAGACAUCUUGUUCCCCAACUGCACUGGGAGCAGAUAGUCUGAGCCUUGCUUGCAGAGGUGUACAAUUAUAUUUCAUAUGUAUGUGUAAUAUUAUAGGCUAUAUACAGAUAUAGGAACACCCCUGGGAAGCGGGCUGUAUCUUUACAGCACCUGGCACUUAUCCCUACCAAUUAUAACAAUACCUCUUGGCCUUCCUAUGGUUUCAGCACUCGCAGAAAAUGCCCUUGGCUUCCGUAAGGCAAACAGUCUUAUGUACUUUAUAUAUAUAUAUAUAUAUAUAUAUAUAUAUAUAUAUAUAUUAUUCCUUAAUAAAGGACCUUUUGUCUCAGGCUGGCGCUAAACAAAUCCACUAACGCAGCAAGCAACAUGAAAAAGUCCAGAGCAGCACAGGGUAAGGAUACCUCCAAGACCCUAUAUACCUAAAAAGUGGACUGCAUUUCACAGUUUAUUAUGUUUGAUACCAUAUAGAAACACAUCUUUCAUCUUGUCAGACUGAGAUGAAUUUGAGGCUUUUUGCAUGCAAUCUCGUGUGUUGUGGUGCAUGCUCCCCACAAGAUCCUCUGUUUCUGUAGAUUAGGGAAGUCUCAUAGGUUUGACCCUUUCUGCCAUAUAGGUUUAAAAGGGUAGGUAUAACCAGCAACAUUUAAUUAAUGCAAGCAUGAUUGUACCCAGCGGUGACAGUGAUGGCCCCCGGCUGCCCUAGUAUCGCAGGUAUAAACUGAGAAACCUGACAUCAUCUGUGCCCAUAGAAUGCAAGAUUGCGGCAGUCACUUGACUGUUUCCUCGGGCUGUCCCUGGCUUCCCUAACUUCAACAUAGACUAUAACGGAAUCCCCUGUAUUUGCACAGGGACUGGAUGUGCUGAAGUGGAGGAACAGCUGUUUUCACCUCCAAUACUGGGACAGCCUUUGGCCUUUAGUCACAGCUAGGGUACAGUAUAACGUCAUUUAUGCCUGCAUUAUUAAGCAAGCUUUACUGUAUAUUGAAUUUUUAAAAACUUAGGUAAUAAGAUAGUCAACCCCUUUAAUGCAAUUUUAAAGAGGAAGUAUCUUAAAAGGUUCUACUUUUUAUUAUUUUUAUUAGAGGAUGCUCCAACUACCCAUUUUCAGUGGUACAUCCAGAUCCUAAUCAUAACUGUGAAGGAGCAGUUACGUUUGGAUUUCCCUAACAUGUUUUUCAGCCAUUAUUCCCUGUUUCAGCUGCACAGCUAAAUGCAUGUCACUCAGAAGCAGGGGGCGUCUCCCAUUUGUUUAAUCUGCCAGCACUGUACCUCAUUGAAGUCCUUUCCCUUACUUCCCACUAUGUUUGUUUUCAACUCCGGAGCUCACAGACAGAUAAGUAGGGAUAAAAUCACACUUACAGACACACAAGAGGCUCCUGUGAUGUUCAGAAGCUGUGUAGAAGCAGUUCUUAUCAGGCCCAGGAUCUCAGUUAGCUCUGACAUACCCCCAUCUCUGUUACUAGGGAUAGAUCUUGCCUGACAGCAGGCAGUGGACUGCAACUUAGGUGUUAAUAAGACCCUUAGUGGCCAUGACUCUACAGCUUCUUUUCAGGCGGAUGCAAGCAGAUUUUUUUUUUUUUUUUAAAGGAAGCGAUUUAGAAAUUUGCUAAUUAAACCAUUCUCUAUUAAAUUAAAUUUUGUAAAAGUACAGUCACUCUUUAAAUUCUAAUAACAGUGCUGAUUUGGAUAAAGGUCCUGGGCCUAUAAGCUCACUUAUGCUUAUGUAGUAUCAUGCUUGUAUUCUUAAUGCUGCCCCUACUGUUGUAUAACUAGCAGUAACAUUUUAUUUUUUUUAUGCCUGAAAAGCCUACUUCCCCUUUAAAUAACUUGACUAAGGCUUGGAUAGACUAUAGGUACAUUUAUCCUUGGUAUAUAGCCAUGGUGCAUGAAAUCGGUAACACACCAGCCUAGAUGGUAACGUGUUAUACAGGAAAGGCCAAAUUAGAAAUGGGAUGAGGUCAGGUAGGAGGUGACGAACAGUAAUCGGGGCUGUGUGGAGGUGCAAUACGGUAUUAUGCAGGAAAUAUUCUCCUGGCGGUUAAUGCUUUAAGCACACAAUGUCCCAGUCCUGUCCACGGAGGCAGCCGGAAUAUUUAUAGGGUGAGAUACGGGAACCGUAGAGAGGGGGCAGAUUUGUAAAGUGGGAGAUUGGAGUCUUGCAAGAGUGUGUGUAUCAUUUAUUAGACAGGACUAAUGUCCUAUGCACACUUACACCAUAAACCUGUGCUCGUGGGUGUGCUUGUGUGAGUGUGCUUAUGUUGGUGUGUUUGUGUGCUUUUGGGGCCUCUUUUUUUUUUACCAUUAUGUCAUAUAUAAGAUUGACUGUUCAGAGACUACACUGUGGGGGAUCAAUACAUUUGUGCUGCAGUGCCAUGCUUCUUUUUUUGCUAAAAAUAAAAAAUUGACAAAGUGAAUCAUAGUCGACCUCCUCUACACGUUGGCAACCAUCUUUGAGCCUGUCCCAUCAUCCCACAGUACCCAAAUCAAUGGCACGUAAGGCACAUUGGGCUAGAUCAGUUGAAUUGCAUGGCCUGAUGAUAACUCCGUUAGGGUCUUGUGUAUAGAUGCUCUAAGGCAAGGGUCAAGAACCUCCAGCAUGCACGUUUGCUUGAGUGUUCUCUGAACUCCCAUAUAAGUAAAUGGAGCAGGCUGGGAGUUGUAGUUUCACAACAGCGGGAUUGCCAGAGGUUGCUGACCCUUGCUCUAACACUUUAUUCAGUACAGAUCUCCUAUUGAUGGCCUAUCUUGAACGCAGCUAUUAAUAUGAAAAGCUCCCCUUUAAAGUCCCUCUAGGGGACAUUUUAGAGACCGAUCAUUUGCAUAAUACACUGCAAUAGUUCUGUCAGGUGUACUAAGACGGCAGCCCUGGGGGCCAUUAUUAGGCCCAUGAGGGGCCAGGGGAAAGGUCUCCCAAAAAU